CCCGUCAGGCAGCAUCAUGCUGUCCAUGACGUACAGUGGGAGUCUCCGGAGCGUAGCCAGCGGUCGGUGUCAUUCGGAAUGGGGGCUGCAUCAGAUCCAGCAGACGGAUGCGGUGGAGCUGCAGCGGCUCCGAGAUGUCCGGGUGGCGGCCCAGGCCAAGAUCCGGGAAGAGUUCCUCCGGAUGCACGGGCUCUCCCUGGAGGAAUGCACAGCACAAAAGACCGGCAUGAAGUAUCGAAACCUUGGGAAGUCAGGACUGCGGGUUUCCUGCCUGGGCUUAGGAACAUGGGUGACAUUCGGAGGACAGAUUACAGAUGAAAUGGCAGAGCAGCUCAUGACGCUGGCCUACGACAACGGCAUCAACCUCUUCGACACGGCGGAAGUCUACGCUGCAGGAAAGGCUGAAGUUGUGUUAGGGAAUAUCAUCAAGAAAAAAGGAUGGAGACGCUCCAGCCUGGUGAUCACGACUAAAAUCUUCUGGGGAGGAAAAGCCGAGACAGAGAGAGGGCUUUCAAGAAAGCACAUUAUUGAAGGCCUGAAGGUUUCGUUAGAGCGGCUGCAACUGGAGUAUGUAGACGUGGUAUUUGCCAAUCGACCGGAUCCCAAUACGCCCAUGGAAGGGAACCCAUUUAGCUCUUCCAAGUCACGAACAUUCAUCAUAGAAGAGACGGUCCGAGCCAUGACUCACGUUAUCAACCAGGGGAUGGCCAUGUACUGGGGGACCUCGCGGUGGAGUUCCAUGGAAAUUAUGGAGGCCUACUCGGUGGCUCGGCAGUUCAAUCUCAUCCCGCCCAUCUGUGAGCAAGCGGAGUACCACAUGUUCCAGAGGGAGAAGGUGGAGGUGCAGCUUCCAGAGCUUUUCCAUAAGAUUGGCGUGGGCGCCAUGACGUGGUCCCCCUUGGCGUGUGGCAUCGUUUCGGGGAAAUACGACGGCGGGAUCCCGCCCUACUCGCGAGCGUCGCUAAAAGGCUACCAGUGGCUGAAAGACAAGAUCUUGAGCGAGGAAGGCAGGCGGCAACAAGCCAAGCUGAAGGAACUGCAAGCCAUCGCUGAGCGUCUCGGCUGCACUUUGCCUCAGCUCGCCAUAGCCUGGUGUUUACGAAACGAAGGGGUCAGCUCCGUUCUGUUGGGGGCUUCCAACGCAGAUCAGCUAAUGGAAAAUAUUGGAGCAAUACAGGUUCUUCCCAAACUCUCGUCCUCAAUUAUCCAUGAGAUCGACAGCAUCUUGGGCAAUAAACCCUACAGCAAAAAGGACUACCGAUCCUAAUCGGGGAUCCCGCUCCUGCCUGGGCCCUUCCCCUCACUCCUAGCCUCUCCCUCCCGUUUGCUUGCUUAAGCUAUAUCGAAGCCCGCGUGAAGAGUGCGGUUCGCAUCCCAGAAGAAGCGCAGCACGUCGCGAGGACGGCGGAGAGAAACCGUUCCCCAAACGUCGCCAGACUGCGCAGGCUUCUUAACUUAAACAUAUUUCUUUUCCAAAGGCAAGAAACGCAGGUUGGAAAAGGGCAUGUGGAAAGUGAGGUUGAUCUCAGCUACAUAGUUCCUUCAUAAAAGGAAGGACGGGGCUCUUUUCUUUUUCUUUCUUCUUCUAUUUUGUUUUGCAGUUGUUCUUUUACCUCCCAGUGCUUAAACGUCGUCUGGGCGUUUGUUGGGUUGGGUGUUACCCCCCCCCCUUCCCGGCAGUUUGACUAGUCAGAGCUGGCA